GCAGUUUAUCAUACAAUCUCAGUACCUGAAAAUGGAAUAUCGCUACUCGGAAGAAGUGGAGAAGAGCCUUUAUAGGACAGAUGGGCUCGAUCACGAUAUUCCACUUCGUAUACAUAAGGACUUUUUCAAAGAAAUCCGAGGUACGCUGAGAGCCCAAACUGACUGGUCCCAAUAUGUCAGUUCGAUUCAAGGAUACAAAGGCGGAUUAGGGCGUCUCUUUAGUUUCAUGAGAGUCACAGUCCCUGAGUGCUUGCCAGAGAGACUCGAAAUAAUUUCAUAUGCAAAUGAAUAUGCGUUCCUUUAUGACGACGAACUAGAAACCCUUGAUCUAAAGAAUUAUUCUGGCGGGUCUCCCGGGAUUCUAGAAACGUUCAGCGGGGACCCUUUUAAUCAGAGAGUCGCUUCAAACUCUCGUCCUGAGAAGCGCUUGCUAGCCCAAAUCUACUCCGAAAUGGAAUGUAUAGAUCCCGAACGGGCGAAAACAACAAUGAAGGCAUGGGUUAAGUUUGUUCAAUCUGCAGCAAAAGCAAGAACAGGCCCCAUAGAUACCCUGAAAGAAUAUCUUCCGGCUAGGAUUAUCGACGCUGGUCAAUUGAUAUGGUUUGGCACGUUGAGUUUUGGGUUGGCUCUGACUAUCCCGGAUGAUGAAUAUGACCUUUGCCACGAGCUAGCAAAGUCUGCAUAUGCAGCGAUGGCUCUUGUAAAUGACUUGUAUUCAUGGGAGAAAGAGCGUGAGGCUGCUGAAGGAUCUGGCCAGGAUUACGUCUUUAACGCAAUUUGGGUGAUUAUGACGGAAAUGUCAGUCUCCGAAGGGGAGGCUAAGCAGAUAUGCCGGUCAGAAAUCCUGAAGUACAUUUCACAGUACGCCGAGGUUCUUGAGAGUGUACGAACAAGCCUCUCUCUGUCUCAAGACCUUCGAAGCUACCUUGAGGCUGUGAGACUAAGUUACAUUGGAAAUCUAGUGUGGAGCAUCUCCUGUCCGAGAUACCACCAUUAUAAGUAGU